AUGCAUUCUGCUCAUCCGUCUAUCUCGUUUCCCCCACGGGAAGACACUCACACCCACAACCACCACGAUUCUGAACCACCCAUUCAUGCUCGUUCCCGUUCCUCUGCGCAGGUCUUCCCAAACAGCCCCAAGCGUCGCUCCGUCUUUAGCGGUCGUUCUCGCAGCAACACUACCACUACCUCUUCUACCACUUCUUCUUCCUCACGCCGUUCUCCCGCUUCCUCCAUGACUUCCACCGAUCAAGCUCCGUCAUUCCCCUACCACGAGUCUUCCUACCCCGCCGGACAGUUCCCUCCCCACCGGACUGAGAGACAAGAUAGCAUCACCAAGUCACUCUUCUCCCGGGGUAGUCGCAUUCUUCGUCGUCAGGGCAGCAAGUUCAAUAUCUCUGCCACGUUGGAUGAGGUUGACGAGGGUGAGCGUGAGAAGCCUCGGUUCGACGUCACUGAUCUCUUUGGCCGUCAUCGGUCUCGUCAGAGUGAUGCCAGGUCAGAUGACAACUUGAAGCGUCUGAUUUCCGACCCCUUUGAUUUCCACCACUUGACGCACACCAGUCCCUCGCAUGUCCAGGCCCUCCAACGAGCUCGGGAGAAUGAGCUUGUCACGGAAUUCUCGGCUAUUCGUGCGUCGCAAAAGCCCAUCAACAGUCUCAAGGGUAUCCGUGCAGAGGAUCUUCACUUCCGCAACUUUUCGUCUGAAGAUCUAGCCCCCGGUGUGGCUACUUCGGGUGACGAUGAACAUGCCUUCGCCGCUCCCACAAACCCCCCUGCAAGCCCUCCGGCUUCUCCUGGUGCUGCUUCGUCCGUCAGUCCCAAGGCCAGACCGGCGCAACGGGAAUCGCGUGUCUACGAAAACUUCUCUCGUCCCGUCUCUCGCUAUCCCAGACAGGGGUCCACCUCAAGCAUCACCAGCCCUCCCCGGCGGCCUUCUUGUCAAUCGUCUGCGUCACCGGAUCUGAUCGAGCCGGAAACUCGAGCCAUUGACAAUGUCUUGGGUAUGAAUGCCACCCAGCAAGAUUACCACGAGCUGGUGUAUCCCCGAAAGGAAUCCUUAUCGCAGAUGAACUUAGCUGGUCUGUUUGAGUCGGAUGAUGAGGGCCAUCCUCGCGCAGUCUCUGUCGGUACAGAUGCCAGAAUCUCAUCCACCAACCUCGCGUUGGAUCUGGAGGAUGUUCCCGAGGAGGAAGAGGCAGGCACCCACUGGCAUGAGAGCCCUGAGCAAGCAGAGAAGUCGGAUUCCCGUCGUUUGAGCCCUGCCCCAGCCAAUAUGGGACCUUCCUCUUCCAACCUCUCGGUUCCCAAGUCGCAUCCGUCUAUCUGCGUGGCUGAGGAGCUCUCCAGGAAGUUCUCUGAGGUGCUCGCAUCGCCCACUCUUCCUCAACACCGUCUUUACCAGCAGCAGCAGCAGCAGCCUGAGCAGAAUGCACAACGGAAGUCGCAACAGGCCCGUGGCAAUAUUUCUAAGCGUGAAUCGGUCAUUGACAUCAACAUCGACUCCUGGGAUGCUGACAUUGACUACUGCUAUGAACAUGCGGCUGAAUCAACAUCAGACUUCGACUGGACUCGCCGUUCGUUCGAUGAGCCCCAACACCCGGUGAUCGAGGAAGACCCCAACGAAGAGGAAGAGCAGUCAUCCAAGCCUCAGUCGACGCAUCUAAGCACGUCAUCUCUGCCCUGCCCGGACCUGGACCCGAGCCCGUCUCGAUCGGUGCCCAGCACCCAGUUUGCCGUGACUCCAUCGACUACCACGUACGAAAGUGACUACUUCCAGCAGGUCCCGGCCUCUUUCUUUCCCCCAACUGAGGAAAAGAACAUGACCCAGGACACGCUGUAUGACGAGUUCAAUGUGGAUGCCGCAUCGGACCGCCAUUUUUCUUUCUGCUCGCAGGGGGUGAUCAAAGCACCAAUGGAUCACCAGGUCUCUCCACGCAGCAGCUUCUCUCCCAUCAGCAACUGCAACUCCCAGGAGAGCCUGAUCCUCUCGCGCGCAGCGUCCAUCGUCCGCAAGCACCGCUCCUCUGUCUCGACCACCAGCGUCCCAGAGCUCAUCCACAGCCUGGCUAGCAGUCGCGAGAACAUGCCCGCCGAGUCGCCCUCGGUGCCCAGCCUUCCGGACGCUUACCACCGCCAGACCAAGAGUCUUGAGACGAACCAGGCCCUGUUUGGCAGCACUGCCAGCCUCGAUUCUGCGGACAUCUCGCCUGGCACUGUAUCGCACGACCGGGCCAAGUCGACCUCUGAUCUUGUCGAGGCAGCCCUUCCCAAGGGUGACGUGGUGCCUUCUCUUCCCCAGACGGGAAGUGUUAAGAAUGCGGGUCGGAAGAAGAGUCGAACUUCGUCGUACUCUCUCUUUCCCACCAGCUAA